AUGACUACAGUUGAAGAAGUUCAAACUCGCAAUGCAGUUGAAGAGGUUCAUGGUCAAAUUUUUGAAGUUGGUCCGCGUUAUAUAAAUCUUUCAUAUAUUGGUGAAGGCGCGUAUGGAAUGGUUGUUUCUGCAUUGGAUACCGAAACACAUGAACGAGUUGCUAUCAAGAAAAUAUCGCCGUUCGAGCAUCAAACAUUUUGUCAGAGGACAUUACGCGAAAUAAAAAUAUUAACGAGGUUCAAGCAUGAAAAUAUAAUUAAUAUUCAAGAAAUAAUUCGUGCUCCAAGUGUUGAACAAAUGAAAGAUAUAUUUCAAUUCUUUUUUAGCUUCAAUGAGCUGAAUUUUUUAAUUUUCAGUUAUAUUGUGCAAUGCUUGAUGGAAACUGAUUUAUAUAAAUUGCUUAAAACGCAGAAACUUUCAAAUGAUCAUAUUUGUUAUUUUUUAUAUCAAAUAUUGCGUGGAUUAAAAUAUAUUCACUCUGCCAAUGUCAUUCAUCGCGAUCUCAAGCCAUCAAAUUUACUUCUUAAUACCACUUGUGAUCUCAAAAUCUGCGAUUUUGGUCUUGCGCGAAUCACUGAUCCAAUACAUGAUCACACUGGUUUUUUGACAGAAUAUGUCGCUACGAGGUGGUAUCGAGCGCCAGAAAUUAUGUUGAAUUCAAAAGGAUAUACCAAAUCAAUUGAUGUCUGGUCGGUUGGAUGUAUUUUGGCAGAAAUGUUGAAUAAUAGGCCAUUGUUUCCCGGAAAACAUUAUCUGGAUCAGCUUAAUUUAAUCUUGGCUGUUAUAGGCUCACCUAGUCAAGAAGAUUUGCAAUGUAUCAUUAAUGAAAAGGCAAGAUCUUACUUAUUGUCUUUGCCGCAUAAAGUUAAACAACCUUGGUUAAGAAUGUAUCCUUCAGCCGAUCCCCGAGCUUUAGAUUUAUUGGACAAGAUGUUAACAUUCAAUCCAAAUAAACGAAUUAAUAUCGAAGAUGCACUUGCUCAUCCAUAUCUUGAACAGUAUUAUGAUCCAAAUGAUGAACCAGUGUGUGAGGAACCAUUCACACUUGAAAUGGAGCUUGAUGAUUUGCCAAAGGAAACACUUAAAGCACUUAUUUUUGAAGAAACGGAGAAUCAUUAUAAAAGGACUCAAGAGGCUAAACUGCAUUCUACAUAG